AUGGCUGAAGCAUCUCCUCAGUUACAGUAUGAUGAUAUUGGUAAUGGUACCUCUAUGUCCCGCCAUGAAAAUAAUUCAUCCACAAGUAUACCUUUGCGUUACAUCGACCCUAACUUUUCACUCACCAUUGAAGACAUUAAGCACCUUCGAGACGACGAUUUGGUGGACCGUAUACACCGCAAGAAACUUCACCUUGUUCUUGAUUUGGAUCAUACACUAAUUCAUUCUGUCCCUCUCUCGAAAACACUGUCGGAGAAGAAAGAAGUCCUGAAAGCCAUGCAUGGAUUUCACGUAACUUCUGAUGAUUAUUUCUUGGUGAAGUUAAGGCCAGGGGUACAAGAAUUCCUUGAACAAGCUAAAACCAUGUUCGACUUGUCAAUAUACACGAUGGGAUCGCGUGGAUAUGCAAACAAAAUGGCGGACUUACUUAUGUCUAAGGUCCACUACUCCUCAAGGUUUACUUGGGUGAUCGGCAGGGAAGAUUGCUUAAACGAGCUACAAAAGGGGUUGGAUAUUGUGUUGUCACAUGAAAAUGUUGUUUUAAUUGUGGAUGAUAAAAAGGAAAUUUGGGCAGAAUCUUGUAAGAAGAACAUAAUUGAAAUUGGUAAAUAUAGAUGUUAUGAGAAUCAAGCAAAGGACGAUAAGGAACUUGCUAGGGUUUUGAGAAUUUUAAGAGAGGUUCAUAAUGUUUUUUAUGAGAGUGAUUUUGAGUCUUUAAAUGGUGAAGAGAAAUAUAGUGCAAGAGAUGUAAGACAAAUUUUAGAAAGAGUUCAAAAUAAAGAAGAAGAUCUUUGUUUGGAUGAUUGUAGUGAAAGUAAAGAAAAGCUUGGCGAAUCUCAAAUGGGGAAAUAG